AUGGUGGAAGACAAAUUUGCUCCUGAAACCAUUUCCGCGCGCUGCCUUGGCCGCCAAUCCCGUAGCGGCGUGUCGGUCGCCAAGCUGAUGCGUGGUGAGCGAUCUGAGGGAGAAGAAAAGCCUACCCAACAGCAUGGCAAAAGCAUUAAGAAGAAGAAGUUCACCAAUCCCUCCGAGUUCUUGGCGGGCCCUGGGCAGCCCGGUCGCAUCACCCACGGUCCGCGCCGCUUCCGCGGCACCAACAAAGAUACCGUGAGUAAAAUGCUCUCGGACGCCUUUAUUAUGGGCGAGAGCAGCGCCAUCGUAGUGGAAGAUAAGGCCCGAUGUAAGCAGUUAAGCUCCAAGUCCUACCUCACCCAUCUCACAAAUGUCUGCGAUGUUACCGAGGAGCCGGCGCCGUUCCGUACCCAAAUUCACAUCAACCCCGCUGCAAGGAAGACGGAGGUCCCCUUCUCCCUCUAUAACGAUGUGAGGCCGGUGCCAAAACAGGACAAGUUGGGCAAGCGCCAAUAUAAGAACAGCGUAUCCAUGAAGAACUUUUUGACCGGUACCGAUGACAACGGCAACAUGUUUGUUCCUGAGCAAAUGAAAGGGUCGUACCGGUCGAGCAAGUCGAACAAGUCCGUCGAUGUUUUAAACCUUGGUAAGUACAACCCGGAUGCGCUUCAGGAGGUGAGGCCGCCGGUCAUCCAGCGCGGGCCGCGGCACUUUGAGCCGCCGGAAAUGCCCCCCCGCCGCCGGCCGCACAUCCGCCCGAUGAAGGUCGUGGCAAAGGAGGAGCACGACGUGCUCGGAACCGGCCUCUCCGGCAAGCCGAUGGAGGUGAAGCACUCCUGCAAGGCGCGCGGUGUGGCGCACCCAUCGGAGUCGAACAACCUCUUCGGCGGCGUCUUCCUGACGAAAGAGGAAAACGGGGCCAACGGCGUCGGUGGAGGGCACGGGCCGACGAGCGGCCGCCGUGCCGCGAACAACGGCAGCCCAAAUCUGCUCCGCUACUACGACCCCACGCUCGAUGGCCCCGCGGAGCCCAUGCAGAGGCCCAAGCAUGGCAACCGCAGCAACAUGGAGAGCAACCACGACGUUCCGAUUCCGGCGACUGGAAAGGGUAAGGGUUUCUUCCAUGAUCGCUACUCUCGCCAAAGUCCUGGUCUACUGGAGUAUGCUUAA